AUGAAGGGCACGGGCCAGUGGUUCACGAUCGGGCUCGUGUCGGCAUGGUACACAUCGAACAUCGGAGUUUUAUUGCUCAACAAGUACUUGCUUAGCAACUAUGGGUUCAAGUACCCAAUUUUCCUAACCAUGUGUCACAUGACUGCGUGUUCUCUGUUGAGCUACAUUGCCAUUGUGUGGAUGAAAAUGGUGCCUUUACAAACUAUACGGUCGCGUGUGCAGUUCAUGAAGAUCUCGGCUCUGAGUCUUGUGUUCUGUGGUUCGGUGGUUUGUGGGAAUGUGUCGUUGAGAUAUCUUCCGGUGUCGUUUAAUCAGGCAGUCGGAGCUACGACGCCGUUUUUCACGGCUGUGUUUGCCUAUUUGAUUACGGUUAAGAGGGAGGCUUGGUUAACGUAUGCCACUCUCAUUCCUGUGGUCACUGGGGUCAUCAUUGCUAGUGGGGAAAGCGUGCAUGCCAAACUCCAAGAGCGAAUAGCAGGAAUAGUCAAGCAUCAAGAUACACACCGGGAUCUUACAUUGUAG